AUGGAAUUCGACAGCUUCACUACAAACCAAACCAACAAAGGUCCGACUGCACCCCCCAAACAUCUGGUGGAUAGUAUUGAGGCAAAUCAAAGUUUGUGUUUCCUUAAUACAAACCUUUUGGUGUACCCGCCGAGACCUAAUGUACCCGUCGUGGUCGAAAUUGGACAGAUGCACAUUAAACCAGUGAAACCGCUUCCUCAGGAUUUGCAACAAAUACUAGACGAUGCUACCGAAGCUUUGUCUGAGUUACCUUACAAAGUUCUGUGGAAAUGGGAGUCCGACUAUUUACUUGGAAGACCAAAGAACGUGAUCAGAAAAAAGUGGUUUCCCCAACAGGAUCUCCUAGCACAUCGAAAUAUCCGAGCUUUCGUUACACAAGGUGGUCUUCAGUCCAUUGAAGAAGCAAUCUUUAGAGGGGUACCAUUAAUUGGGAUGCCUUUCAUGCGUGAUCAACCUAUGAAUGUACAAAAAAUCAUCGACAUGGGGAUCGGAUUAGGUAUUGAUUCUGUUACUAUGAGCAAGGAAGAGCUAAAAAAGUGUAUAAUUGACGUUGCCGAAAACCACAAAUACCAUGAGAGAAUUCAGGAAAUUCGAGACAUAUUGUACGACAAGCCAAUGACUGGGCUGCAAAAGGUUGUCUGGUGGUCUGAGUACGUUAUUAGACAUAAGGAAGCGGAACUCUUGAGGAGUCCGGCAGCUGAUUUUACUUGGUUUGACUAUUUAUUAUUGGAAGUUGUCUUAGUUGCAGUUGUACUGAGUGUAAACCCUUUGUUGUAUCCGCUGAGGCCCAACGUGCCUGCUAUAGUCGAAAUGGGGCAAAUGCACAUCAAACCGGUACAACCGCUUCCUCAAGAUUUGCAACAAAUAUUAGACGAUGCCACCGAAGGUGUGAUCUAUGUCAGCUUAGGGUCAAACAUCAAGAGCGUAAAUUUAGACGAAAAACUGAGGAACACAAUAAUAGAAGCCUUAUCUGAAUUACCUUACAAAGUUUUGUGGAAAUGGGAGUCCGAAUACUUGCCUGGAAGACCAAAGAACGUGGUAACAAAAGAGUGGUUUCCCCAACAAGAUCUCCUUGCACAUCGAAAUAUUCGCGCUUUCGUUACACAAGGGGGUCUUCAAUCUAUUGAAGAAGCAGUCUCUAGAGGGGUACCACUCAUUGGGAUGCCUUUCAUGGGAGAUCAGCCAUCAAAUGUGCAAAAAAUUGUAGACACGGAGAUCGGGCUAGGUGUUGAUCCAAGUACCGUGAGCAAGGACGAACUAAGACAAUGUAUAGUUAAUGUCGCCGAAAACAAUAAAUAUAAAAAACGAAUCGAAGAAAGUCGUAAACUUUUGUACGAUAAGCCGAUGACGGGGCUGGAAAAAGUUGUUUGGUGGGUUGAGUACGUUAUUGGGCAUAAGGGGGCAAAACACCUGAGGAGUCCAACAGCUGAUUUUUCUUAUUUUGACUAUUUCCUAGUGGAAGUUGUGUUAAUAGCAAUUGUAAUGAUUAGUAUCAUUAUUUAUCUCUCGUACAAAAUAAUCCAAUGGACUAAAUGUGUGUGAAAAUAGUACUGAACUGUACUGUUUAGUGCCGCUAAAAUAAUUUACCCUUAUAUAUGUGUUUAAAUAAUCAUCAAAUGUGUAAGC